AUGUCUCAUAUGGCAUCUGAGAUUAUUGCCUUUAUGCUGGCCGUCUCCGGCUGGGUGCUGAUCAGCUCUACUCUUCCAACUGAUUACUGGAAGGUCUCCAGCAUUGAUGGUACAGUUAUAACCACAGCCACCUUCUGGUCCAACCUAUGGAAGACAUGUGUCACUGACUCCACUGGUGUGUCAAACUGUAAAGACUUCCCAUCCAUGCUGGCUCUGGAAGGGUAUAUCCAGGCCUGCCGGGGGCUGCUCAUAGCUGCGGUCAGUCUGGGAUUUUUUGGAUCAAUCUUUGCUCUUGUUGGGAUGAAAUGUACCAAGAUUGGUGGCUCAGAAACCACAAAAUCCAAAAUCACCUGCUUCUCUGGCCUGCUUUACAUCUUGUGUGGUAUCUGUGCCUUGACUGGGGUGUCACUUUAUGCCCACAAAAUAACCUCAGAAUUCUUUGACCCAACAUUUCUGGAGCAGAAGUAUGAACUGGGAGCCGCACUCUUUAUCGGUUGGGGAGGAUCCUCUCUCAGUGUCAUUGGAGGAUGUGUUCUCUGCUUCUCCUUAAGUGACAACAUCAGGGCCCCCAGGGUUAAUUAUUCUUACAACGGAGUCACCUCAGUGAGAUCAGCUCGUACACAUCUGGCAGACACAAGCAACGGGCGAGGAGCACAGCGUGGGAUACCCAGACACUUUGACAAGAACGCUUAUGUGUGAAACCCAUGUGUGGCAGGUGCAGCCAUACAGAUCUCACUGGAUUGGGACAAAAAGAGAUGACAAAAUGACAACAGGACCCUUGUGCAUUUAUAGUGAGAGUGUGGACCUCCUAAAGUAACUAAAUUCAUAUGCUGUCAUAUUAACCUAUUUCCUGGUUAUCAGCGCAAUACGUAGCACUUGCAUUUGUCAAACAAUCUCACAGUGCUCAUUAUGUCACAUAUCUUUUUUAUGUCCCCAGAAAUGCUUUCCUGGAAAGAAACCAGAUAUACAAAUGCUUCCUUACUCUUUACGACUGAGUCUUAAUGAAACAUUAUUUUAAUUUACCGUCUUCUUCCAACCUAUUGCUCAGGUUUACUGGGUUUAAGAUGAUCUAAGAACAUUUGAAAUCUAAAUAUUUUGUAAUAAUAAAUAAACCUUUGUUUUAAGAAAAUAUUUUUGUUUUUGCUUUAAUAUAAAUUAAAACAUAAUUUA